CUGCAGAUGCCACCUCGCUACAUCCUGGCCAGUCUCCUAACAGCAAUGGGAGGCUUUUUGCUUGGAGUUGACACCAGUAUCAUUGGACCGGUCACUGUCAUGCCGAACUACAUCGAUUAUUUCGGCUCGCAUUCUGCCAUCGUGCAUGGCAUUAUCGUCUCAACUAUCUUGUUGUCAGCCUCGUUCAUGAGUUUUAUUGCGGGUCGACCCGCCGGCGUGCUGGGUAGGCCGCAGGCAAUUGCAAUUGGGGCUGCGAUUGUCGGUGCAGGUGCCGCAUUAGAGGCUGGUGCUGUCAGUCUGGCCAUGUUCAUGGUAGGUCGGGUUGUUGAGGGGAUGGGGUUUGGGUUAUACUUUGGGACCUUGACUGUGUAUGUCUGUGAGAUCUCGCCGCCGAGUGUCCGAGGUCCUCUGACAACGGGCCCGCAGUUCAUGGUCUGUCUUGGUCUAGUAGCGGGAUACUUCACAUGCUAUGGCACUGCAAAUAUUGAAGGGUCAAUGUCCUGGCGAUUGCCAUUUAUCGUCCUUGCUGGUCUGGCUGCGGCAUUUGUCACUUCAGUUUUGCUCUACCUUCCACCCUCGCCCCGAUGGUUACAGUUUCAUGGCAGAGACGAGGAAGCAGAUGCUGCAUGGGAGACGCUCGGUGGUGUUGGGGAAGAGCUUGAGGAAGGGGUUAUGGGUGCUCAGAAUUCCAAUGACGAGUCGCCGCCCUCGCUGUCGCCAACACGUGUAGUUCAAAAAUACCCCGAGGGUAGCCUUUUCGACCUGUUCAAAAAGGAUGUGCGUGGCCGAACUAUGUUGGCCAUCUUUCUUAUGGGCUUUCUCCAGCUCAGCGGGAUUGACGCGGUCUUAUACUAUGCCCCUCUCCUCUUCCAACAAGCCGGACUUUCCAGCGCAGAGGCGUCAUUUUUUGCGUCCGGUAUCUCGGGUAUUGUUCUCGUCGUCGUUUCUGUCCCUGCCCUUCUCCUGGCCGACAAAUGGGGCCGACGCAGCAACACCAUCAUCGGCGGUAUCGGUCUAACCACAACUAUCAUGCUCAUUGACGGUUUGUACGCAAGCAAUGCAGUGGACCCACGUCACGGAGCAGCGCGCUGGAUUGUCAUCGUGUGUAUCUAUCUCUAUGCAGUGUUCUUCGCUUGCACCUGGGCAGUGAGUAUCAAGGUAUUUGCGCCUGAAAUCCAACCGCAGCACACCCGCGCCAAGGCCACGGCUCUAGCAUAUGGCUUUAAUUGGGUCUGCAAUUGGUUUGUGGCAUUCAUCUGUCCGAUUCUGUUGGAGAGUAUUAAUUUCGGGGUUUACUUCCUUUUUGGUGGAUGUUGUGCGCUGACAACCGUGGUGAGCUUCUUGUUCAUGGUUGAGACUAAAGGGAAAAGUUUGGAUGAGAUCGAGAGGGCCUUU